AGCCUGUUAAAACUCCCAUGAUUAAUUGUUAAACGUAUCUGUAUUGUACCUCCAGACCAUUAAUAUACAAACACAUAUAGGUACACUUUAAUAAGCUGUAACCAGGUGACAGUCUUGACAUGGCUCAAAGGGCAGACAGACAGCCGUAAACAGCAGAGACAUGUGAAAGGAAAACAUGGACCACACAAUAACAAGAGGGUGCUAUUUCACAUGUGCUUAAUUAGCCUAAGGACAUAAUUAAGUGUAUAUGAAAUGCUUGAGCUCAAGGCAGUUACCCAAAGGGUGGACGAAUCCUCAGAUAAGGUGAAACCAAGCUUCAGAUGUGCGAGGGACCUUCAUCCAUUUCUGGCCCAAUCCCACCUGACCCUUCUUUGUUUCCUCAGUACUACAAGCGACCUGCUUCAGCUCGUGGUCGUUUAGAGGGACACCACAAUGGGACUUUGGCCCUACUCUCAGGGCCACUUGCUCCAGAUCCGGUUUUGUACCCUGGCUGCUACAGUGCUCGUUCUCCAGCGCAUCCUCCUCGUAUUGGCCCCAAUGCUACCCAUAUCCUGGAAAGAGGACAGAGAGGGGUAGUGGGGGAACUACUCAAACUAGAUGGUGUCGCCAUUACCCCUGUUCCAAAACAGAAAAAACGGGUACAAGAUUUUGGCAAAGAGAAUGUACUCCGGCUCAGAGAAAUCCAAAGACGCUGCAAAGAGCAGGAGGCUGAGAGAUCCCAUUCUCGUCCAGCUCCAGUCAAAGCGCUCUGGACCUCCUCCAAAUACCAGAAUGUCCCAUCCAGGGUGAUGAUGCAGCUUCAAGUUUCUAGUUCAACUGCUAAACCACCGUGUCGAAACUUUCUGAAGGCCCACUCCAAAGGGGGAUCUGCUGCCACUCCAAGACCACAGUCCAAUACCUCUCUGGUAUUUUUGAAACGCCCCGCAUCCUGCAACUCUAUAGAGGACCAGAACCCGGAAUUACAGGUGCAAGGCAGGAGCAUAGACUUUGUUAAACAUAAUGCCCGGGCUGCAGGAAAAACUGUGCUGCGUCGGUCCCAGUCACUGACAAACCUCGGAAAUAAGCCAAUCCCCAGUGCAGUUAAGGGUCAGGUGCCUCAGUAUCUUGAGGAAAGGAAGGAGCAGUGGCAAAAAGAGGAGGAGGAGAGGAAAAGAAACGCUCCUGAUCCUUCAACCCCAGCUGGUCAUACACUGAUGCCUGAAAGUGAGAGACAGGAAACACUGAAGUCCCUCAAAGACACCCAUCGCUCCCUGGUCACUGAGCUUCUGUCACUCCCUCUCAAAGCUGACAGCCUGCGUGUUCGCUCACGUCGAGCUCAUCUUGAUUGUAGGCUUUCUGAAAUUGAGGAGGCCAUUAAGAUAUUCUCCAGGGACAAGGUUUAUGUUAAAAUAGAUUCCUAACACACACACAAGGAGGAAGAGGAGGAGGAGGUCAGAGAUGUAAGAGAAGGAGAUGGACCUGUACAUACACUGCUUCAUCAAGAUUCAUUUUUAUGUGUAAUUGCAUUGGGUAACUUUAGGCUGACCCUUGUAUAAAAUAGAUGAUUAUGUCAGUUUUUGUAAAUGGUUUUACUUUUUAUUUUUGAAUAUUGUAAGUUCUCUGUUAAGUGGAUAGUAGGUUAUAUGAUGUCAGAUUUUGAAUUGAAUGAUAACAAUAUAUGCAACUGAAUAAAAGCAGCUAAUUUUUUGAUGGGGGGAAAAAUAACAGAACCACUGUAGCUUUAGUAGUUAAAAUCCAUACCUAAAAGUGUCAUCUGAUUUGUUAUUUUCUUUAUGUAAAACUAGCUGUCGCUUUUGAAAAUGAAUAUUUUUGUGAUGUCAUGUACAUGUGUAUUUUUUGUAAGAAUUGGGCAUUAAAACGUACCAUGCAAUGCAAUGGCACUGUCGAAAUGG